AUGACUGAUCAUCGUGUAUUCGCUAAUGUUAAAAUUUAUUCAAAUUUUGCUGAAAUAAUUCAACCAUUAGGUAAAUUACCACUUGAGUUUUCUGCGGAAGAUUGGUCUGAUAUACGUUCUGAUUCAAUUACUCUUAUUGGUUCAAAUAUUAAUAUAACACAACAAACAAUAACUGAAAAGAAACAGUCACUUAAUAAUCUUCAAAUUUAUGUUCGUUCGCCAUCAUCAUCCAACACAGAAACAAAAUUUCUUCGGGCAACAAUGAUUGAUGAAAAUCGAAAUCUUGUUAAACUUAUUGAUAAAGAUAUUAGUAAAGAAGCUAUUUAUAUUACUGUUCAAUCUGAUCAUAUUGUUUAUAAUGAUGAACCAUCUCAAUCAAAAUAUUAUGUUAAUUUUACAUAUGAUACAACAGAUGCUGUUUAUCUAAGUUAUCUUCGUUCAAAUCUUAAUUGGAAAACACGUUAUCAAUUAAAUUUAUUUGAAGAAUCAAAACAAGCAAUUAUAAUUGCCAUGGCUGAUAUUCGAAAUGAUGGAAAAUCAAAAAUUGACAUUGAACAUGGUGAACUUAUAGGUGGUGAAAUUAAUUUACGUAUGUUUGAACAACAUCGAUCAGAAAGAUAUGAAAUUCGAGAACAUGCUGUUAUGUAUGCACCAGCAAAUGCACAUUUUUCAACGACAUCAUCUCCACCAACAGUUUCACGAGGUGAAGAACUAGCAGGUUUAUAUUUAUUUUCAAUAAAUCAAUCAUUUUCAAUUGAUGGAAAAACCAAUUAUCUUUUACCAAUGUUUCGUCCACAAGUAACAGUUGAACGUUAUGGAUUAAUUCGAAAAUCAUUUUUUGGUGUUACUGCAAAUUCAAAUGGUAAAGCUCAACGUUCAUAUCGUUUAUCAUCAGAUCGUUUUCUUUCUCGCGGAAAUUGUAUUAUACGUGAAUAUGAUCAUCUUGUUGGAGAAACAUUCUUACCUGAUUUAGCUGCAAAUGAUAAACAUGAUUUUUCAGUUGGACAAGAUUCUGAUAUUAUUUAUAAAGAAAAUAUUACUUUAAUAUCUUCACGUACUUAUAAUCAGACUAUUCAACCAGCAAGUAAAGAAUUCGAGGAACGCACACAAUCAGUUUAUUUUAUUAAUUUAUUAUUACAGAAUUUUAAGAAAAAUCGUUCAGUCAAAGUCGAAUAUAAACAAAAUAUUUAUGCUCGAUCGGUAAAAUUGACAGUAAAUAAUGCAGGAUUUAUCCAGGAUGGAUCAGUUAUUAAGUUAACAACGACCUUAUCAGCUGAUGAUGAAAAAUCUUUUUCCUAUAGAAUUGAAAUUAUUCAUUGA